AGUUUCCCCCUGCCAACGCAUGGGCAUUGACCAUGGCGCCAUCGGAGAGGCACCUGUUUCCUCCACAUUAACGGACGUCGUGGCCUUGCUUAGUGUACGUUUGUUGCCGGCUAGAGAGGCCCGAGAUCCGCUCGCUGCAAAUCUCGCUGUCGGGCCCCCUGUUUGACGUCAAUCGGGUCGCAAUCAUCAUCCUGAGCAAGAACUUUCUGAACCUCGGUUCAAUCAUCGUAUGGCGGCAUUUCGUUCUGGGCCUCGGCUGUUGCCUGUCCACUGGAUUAUUCUCCCGUUCAAACAUUCUGGCGGGUUGGAUCCGAAAAAGUGCGGAUGGCUAAGAAAUGUCGUGUAUAUAUCGAGCGUCGACUUCCUUUCCGUGGUGGACGGGACAACCAUGAUCUUUCCCCACCAUAGCCGCAACUUCCGCUUAUCACCUACCCUACCUGUCCGCUCCGAAACCUCCCAUCACUAUGUCCUCCUCAUUCUACAUGAGUGAUAUCGGCGGCUCCGAUCUGGGUGCUGAAUACCUCUGGCCCUUCCCUGAGAACGGGGAAGGAAUCCGAAGUCUCCCGGUUCCGGGGGUUCUAUGUCGAACCUGUUCCGCCAAUGGUGAAGAGAUAUGGGUUGUUCCAGGGCUCAUCUGCGCCAAAUGCCGGACGCCGGCCUCAGACGAGGACCUUUUUACCGACCUUUGCCACGAGGAUAGUCAACUAUGAUAGCGACGGCUUUCAGGGAUAGCUCAUCCUACGCCCAGGGAAGUGUGGAUUAGCUAUCAGUGAUCAAAGGCAACGGGAGCCAGCAAUAAAGCAGUAUUCAAACCGAGUCUUUUUGUAGUUUGCCCUCGUUGUGGUCUGGUUAACAUUAAUGUGCGGGCCAAAGAGACUCAACUCCAGACAAUGGCCGGAUAAUUAAUAAAGUGUUGCUCUAACUGGAA